AUGGCCAACAUUUCCGAUGUCUUCAACAAGCUGCUCGAGAGCCAUGGUUCUGCGCCCGUUCGCGGGCCCAGGUGGAAGGUACCUGAGGAUGGCUUCAUCAAGGAAGCCUACACUAUCAACUCUUCAAUAAUGAAUCUCACCCGCUUCCUCCUAUCCAUCCGUCAGGCAUACCUCUCCACUGCCCGAGCGCCUCGACACACCUCCACCUUAACAGCCAAACAGCCAGACCGCCGUUAUUUCACCGACAAGGAGCGCGAUGAGAUUGACUUCGAAGCAAAGACUAUGAUAAAACAGUACCUUCAGGUCAUCGCCAAUCUCGAGGGUGCAGAAAAGACCCGUGUAAUGCUAGAAAAGAAGACAAGAGAAAAGAAUUUAAAUCUCAGAAAGUGGAUACAAGAUUUACGGCGGGGCGACGAACCGGACGAAGAAGAGGAAAAGAGUAAAUGGACGGCGCUGCAUAGGGAGGGAGUGUUAUGGCUACUAAAGAAUAGACUGGAGAAACUGAGCGAGAUUCAAAGGGAACAACAGGAGACUAGAGUCAUGAGAGCUGUUGAGAAAAACAAGAGUAUACUGGAGAAUGUGGCGUUUGAUAAAGCUGGGAUGGCGAUGGGGAGUGCUGCUGUUCAGGCGUCAAAGGCGGCGCAGAUGGAAGCGCAGGCGAAGGCUUAUAAAAGAUCGCAAGCCGCCGCGGCUUUAGAAGAUGAAGAAGGGAAUAAUAUUGAGCAAGUGCUGUCCGCAGACCAACUACAAAUUUUUGCGAAGGAGAAUCAAGAUAUGAUGAAUUACUACCAGGAUACACUGGACCAAAUUAGGUCCGCCGAGAGGUCUUUGCUGGAGAUAUCCGAACUUCAGAAUCGGAUAGUAAUGGAUAUCGCAGCACAGUCGGAUCAUAUCGACCAACUGAUGGCUGAUUCCAUCCAAACGGCACAGAACAUGGAAGCAGGCAAUAAGCAACUAAAACAAGCUUCCGAAAGAAGCUCUCCUGCCCGAUAUGUGUUCCAGGCGUCUGUGGGGUUCUGCGCUUUCCUGAUCUUAGCGGAUUUAUUAACAUGA